GUUGAUGGACAAGUUGAUGGACAAGUUGAUGGACAAGUUGAAUCACUACAAAUCGUUGAUGAAAAUAAAAGAGUCAGCGAUAAAACUAUCAUACUUGUUGCCAGUUCUAUAAUUAUCUUUGAAAUUUUAGUAUUUGUAGGGAUAGAAUAUUACUUAGAUUAGUACUAAUUCAAACAAUAGCGGUAACACGAGCAAAGAUAUGGUAUCCGACUUAAAGGUGUGAGUAAGAGGUCUUCAAAAGAGGCUGCAAUUGUAAGUUGAUGAAAUAUUUUCUAUUUCAAUCAUUCGUGCUUUGUGUCUUUCACCACUUAUUGACCAUAGGUCAGAAAUAUUGCUUGCAAGCAGGUUGGACAAGUAAUGGUGCGACAUUCUUAGCAGGUGAGAUGUACCUUAAUGCGUAUGGAGGUACAGAUGGACAAUGCUGGAAUACAAUCUAGCGCUAAACGUAUGCCGUUCCAAUAGAAUUGCAAUGAUAUAGAAUAGAUGGUAUAAUAUUUAUAGUAUCUUUUAACUGAGACAGUAUUCAGAUAAUAUCUACACAUUAAUU